AUUGUCAGAACGGACAGUGACUAGAUCUAGAUGAUCUACUUCCGCAUUUAGUUUUCAAGUUGGGUGCUGUUUCUUUCUUUGCUUGUUUUUUUUGUUGCUUUCAGACUCUAAUCAUCAAUUAAUUUUAAUUAGGCUAAGGAUACCUCGCCUGAGGUCGUGACUUUUCAAAAUGGACGGAUUCAACGGUGGUUUAGUCUGAAGUCGGAAAAGUGUGUAGAUCUAGAUCUAAUCUAAGUACAGUGAAGACAGAGUAAGGCGAUAUAUCUCAACUCAAGCUGUGACUGUCACUGGCACUGGUGUCCCGUACAAGUACAAGACCAAGAAGAGAGAAGGGUUCAAGCUUGUUGAAAGGACCAUCAGAUCUGAUUGCCACAAUGCCUCUCAAAGGUUUUUUUCGCAAACCGAAAAACUCUACAAGUUCCACCAAGUCAGGGGAAGAUGAGGUCACCAUGUCUAUAGGGCAGCCGUUCAACUUCAAGCAGAACUUCCAUGUUGGCUUUGAUAAAGAGAAAGGUUCUUUCGUUGGCCUCCCUGACUCAUGGCAAAACAUCCUCAGCACAUCCAACAUCACUCAGAGGGAGCAGGAGGAGAACCCAGAGGCUGUGGUAAACUCCUUGAAGACCUACACCCGCUCCAUCAAACGGAGGUCCUCUACUGCAAAGUUUAUGGUUGUUGCUACAACAAUUCGAGAAUCUGAUGAACUCUUAGAUUCAGAUGAAAGAUCAUCAUAUGGUUCAGAGAAAAGUCAAGAAACCCCAACUAGUCCCGAAGUUGAGACAACAGAGAAGAAAGACGAAGCGAUAUCUCUACCGCCUGUGUCUCCCAAACCAAAGAGUCCAAAAGCAGAGCCGGCAAAAGAUGGUGCAGCCGCUGACGAAGUGUCUGAUGGCAUGGCCAGUAUGUCAACUGGAGAUGAAGCAGAUGGGGAAGUUCUCACAAGAAGACCAAGGUCUCAAAAGAAAACAAUGACAGAUAAGGAGGUCAACGAAGCACUCAAAAAGACAGCAAGUCCGGGGAACCCACAGGACAAGUAUGAUGUCCAGAAGAAACUUGGACAGGGAGCGUCAGGCCUGGUGUGUAUGGCCAAGUGUAAAGAAUCAGAGGAGGUGGUUGCCAUCAAAAUGAUGGAUUUGAACCAGCAACCCAAAAAGGAGUUGAUCAUCACAGAGAUUGAGGUGAUGAAGCAAUACAGGCACGAGAACAUUGUCAACUUCCUCGACUGCUACUAUCUGGAGGACGAGCUCUGGGUUGUCAUGGAGUUCCUCGACGGUGGCCCACUGACAGAUGUUGUGACAGAAACCAUUAUGAAGGAAGGUCAGAUUGCUGCUGUUUGCCGGGAGUGUCUCAAAGCCUUGGAGUUUCUCCACAAUCGAAACAUCAUCCACCGGGACAUCAAGAGUGACAACGUGCUGCUAGGUAUGGUCGGUGCGGUGAAGGUCACAGACUUCGGCUUCUGCGCCCAGCUCAAUGCGGAGAAAGGGAAAAGAGACACAAUGGUGGGCACGCCAUACUGGAUGGCUCCAGAAGUUGUGUCCAGAAAGCAGUACGGAAACAAAGUUGACAUCUGGAGUCUGGGCAUUAUGAUCAUCGAGAUGUUGGAAGGGGAACCUCCAUACCUGCAUGAGACAGCUCUUAAAGCCAUCUACCGCAUUGCCACCAAAGGAAAGCCUGAGAUUAAGGAUGAGCACAAAUUGUCCCCGGAGCUGAAAGACUUCAUCGACAAGUGUCUAGAGGUUGACGUGGAAGAACGAGCCUGUGCCACCACUUUGCUCCAACACCCUCUCCUGGAGAAAUCUAUGCCACUCGCUACAUUGCGUCCACUAAUUUCCGCGGCACGGAACGCGAUGGGAAAAUGAUCAUCCUGUCUCACCUAGUUUGUCAUUCAUUAACUAUUGUUUGUAUAUGGUGACUGUUUGUUUGGAAUCAUGUGUUUGCUUUUUAAAAAUUUGAUUGCAAGUACAUGGUUUGUGACUGUUAGUAAUGCUCCCACGGCAACAGCUCCAAAUGAGGCUUAAUUCACUGAGCAUAACUAGAAGAAACCAGCUGAGAAAGAAAGUUUGGGUCAAAGCAUCAUGAUUAUUUUUGUUUUUGUAUCAAAAUGAAUAAUUUACGUGCACAAACUAUUGCAGGGUUGGAUUUUAUGAAAUAAUUUGGCCUUUAGUGAAUGAAGGUGAGGUAUUUAACGGAAAAAUAGGUUUACCUUAUAUUGGCACACAAAAUUUGUGUUUGGUUUUUAGUGAUCCCUAACCUUGAAAUAUCUCAGCCAAUGCAAUCGAUAGAAAUAUUUUGGAUUUAUUAUAAUCAUAAUUAAGAAAAUGAGGGUUAUUGUUAAAUUAAGUCUCAUUUUGAGAUGUUGCCAAGUCUAUGCACUCUCAAAAUGAUGUGCCCCUCACUUAAAUGUAUCAAGUCAGCAGGAAUGCUGAACAACUGAGUGUGUUGCUUGAAUUCUCUGAAGUGGUAGAAUUGAAUAUGUUAGCCUUAAAGUAAGAAGAGCAUCAUUGUUUUGCAAUCAAAUCUUUCUCCCAAGGGCUGCAGAACAGCUACUUCAUCUGCAACUAGGUGGAAGUUUGAACUCAGAUACCCUGUGUUUGAACUAAUGGUGAUCAACACAUACUUUUAAUAAGAAUUAUGGGGAGAAUCAAUUUUUGUCAUUCUUAUAGUAUUGAAUGAUGACAGAGAAAGUCAAAACAUUGUUAUAAUGGAGUAGUCUUAUCCUUACAUGUAGUAGUUGCAAGGGUUUAAUUAAAGAUGUCACUUUAAAUGUCAUCAACGUCUGGAGAAGCUUUUCAUACACUGUACACUUUAUUGCUUCACUCUUGCAAAGAUUGUAUAUUUUAUGGCUGAAUUUCUUGAAUAGUGCAUAUGCAAAUGGAGUUUUAUUACUGUUAUUUUAUAUUUUACUACUGCACAAGACAGGUUCAAGUAUUACCUGUCUAAUUUCUUGCGUUUCUAGGUUCCGUCACAAUAUCUUUUAUUGAAAGUUGAAGAAUAAUUAUGUAUUUAGUUGCACUGGUUGAAAGGAAUGUUGGAGGAAGUAUUUUAAAAAUGCUUUGAUGGAUUUAAAAGGGGGAAAUGUGUUUUGUUGAGCAGAGAGGUAGGAAUAGAAAGUUUGUCACAUUCCGUUGUCUAAAGUGUUUUGUUUGUAAAUGGAAACUUGUGACUCGAAAUGGGAGAAGAUGGGAGGGAUGUAGAACAUGUUUACUUGUUGUUUUGUGGUUAAAGGUGGCUGCUCAAUUCUAUGCAAAUGUGUUGGCAUGUUCUGUUCACACUUAACAUUGAAUCCUUUCCAUGAUCUUGAAAAAUGUUAACGAGGAGAAAUAAUUUAAGAGCUUUCCCUGUAGCGUGAAAUUAUUUUAUCAUUCAGGGGAAAAUCCUGUUGAAAUUAUGGCUUUUUUUCCAGACCAUUUCAGGUUGUAGGUCUUGUAGAAGUUGACUCCCUUUUUACAAUCACAUGUUACGCAGGGUGAAUGCGAAUAAUGUGUGUACUUGCUUUCUUGUUUUUGUGAGGAUGGUCUUGAGACACAAGGUAUUCAUUUAUGUGCCUUUGGUUUUCGGAUGGCUGUUUUUCUGUUAGUGUCAGCCUUGGAUGAGUGCCAGAGUGGACUGGUGUUGAGACCAUGAGGUUAGCAGGUUGAUCUGUUCAGACUUAGAACAGGGCACAACCGACUGGAGGACCUGCGGCGAACAGCAGCCUUUGUACCAGAGACAGGAAUGUCCAUUCAGAGAUGAAUGAGAAGAAGAAGAAGUGGCUCCUGUUCUGCCUGAUCCGAAAUUCAGGGUUUUUAAACACUUGGGGUUUUAUGAAGUCCAGGGCAUGGCUUUGUAGAGGGCUAGGGCCUGUCUGUACUAUGAUUGGCUAGUACACACUGGCUCCUUGGUGAUAUUUUUAUCACAGAUUCUUGGCACCUUGGCUUGCAAUCCAGGGUGUCUAUUUUAAAGGUUGCUCUUAGUCAUAACGCCAUUUAAAAACCUCUCUUGAGGUCUUGACUGAGCUAUCGCACUACCAGAAGGGAUGUUGAUGCCGCUCAAGUGAUAGCCAUCUUGUCACUGAAUUGUUUCAGCUGUCUUCUUGUUGAGGGGAAGGCCAGUGAUUUAGCCUUUUCAGAAUUCCAAUGACAGUGGCCAGUCACAACACUGAUGUCAAGAAAACUCCUAUUAGGCACAGAAUCCAUUCGUUGGAGUCUCUGGCGUGUCACUGCUAUGCUCCAUUGAUGACUUCCUGAAAAUGAAUAAUUUUACUUGUAUAUUGUGUCUGAGAAUACCCUGUGUAUUGUAUUUGUUCCAGCAAAGUUUUAUUUUUAUGGUGUUGAGGAAUCUUCAUGACCACUGUCAGCAGUUUUCCCAACCCCUUGUAUGCCUUGGGCAAUGCCUUACACUGCAAUAUACAGACAAGUGAUUAAAUUACUCAAACCUCCUUCUAUAAUGUUGGCGCUCAUAUGACCUUAUGCAGUUGCGAGCACCGUAAAAUUACUAAAACAAAAACUUUCUAUAAUGUGGCACUAAGCCAAUUUGCAAACGCUUUGGAUUGGCAACUACUUGGAGGCAUCGGUGUGGGGGCUGUUGGAAAAUCUGAACCAUCAGCGUUUGAUUUUUGCAUUCCACAUGAGAUUAUUGCUGCUGGCUCUCAUUGUGCCAUAGUACAAGCUGGUCACCUAUAGGAAUCGGCAUUGGUUGGAUUUUUAUGGAAUUGUAGAUCUCCUAAAAGUUUUUGGAAAGAAUAAAAACAUAAACAUUGCUCUUAAGUUCUUAGUUUUGCUGUUAUUUGGUCUGCAAUCCUGUGCAAAAUUUUCUAAUACAAAAGUCAGAUUUCUUUAUAAAAAUUCUUUUUGUUCCUCUUAAAACUUAAGGAAAGCGUGUGGUUCUUCUGAGAUUGUUAGAUUUUUGUGUGCCAUGCAGGUUUGGUAACUGUACUUGCUGUUAUUUAGUCCUUGUGUUUGAUCUCUUUGUGAUGAAGUGAAAAUAGUUCCUCUUUGUAUUAUUCUUAUAAUCAGACACUUGUCUCAUGUUUGUGUCAGGUGCUUGAUUUUAUUCAAACUCCCAUCAUUUCCUGAAGUUGGUUAUUUAAAAAAUCAGAAAAGGACAUUAUUUAAGGCUCCAUGUGUACAUUCCACAACUUUUAUAGGUAGCAGAGACUUGUCAACAGAUUGCUGGACCUGAGGUUACAGUUUGUGGAGAAAUAUUCAUUUGUUUUAUUGAAAUUUAAUAAAUUUUCUCACUUUGUAGCAGGUAUUGAAUUAUAUUAUAGUUGCUCUUGAUUAAGAUUUUUUGUUUUUGUUUCUAUGGUUAGUAGUCUCACCAGCAGUCUUUUUCUUGCCUGUGUGUUAGCGGAUGGUUGGAGGAUACAGCACUAGUUGUAGCCCUACUCCUUUUCUUUCCUGUUUUAUUUUUCUGUAUGUCUAUCUUACUUUUCCCCUGCACUAAAUGGCCAUUAUUAUGUUGAUGUGUCUCUCUGCACCAGUUCAUACUCGAUUCAGCCUAUGUGUUAGCCUGUGGUUAUGUCCUGCGACUCAAACCGCAGUGAGAAGAUUGUGACGGGAAAGUGAGAUCUGCCAGUUAGGGGUGCCCACUAGUCAUGUCGGGUCGGGUCGAUUUGACAGUCGGGGCUAGCCAAAGUGAGGAAACAAAGCGGCCAUCGUGGCACAAACCGAUUGACUCAGUCGGUGACCUGCAAAAACAGAUGCGUUUUUUAUUUGGGCCUGUGAGUCUCGCGAUUGGGUGGUUUGCUGCCAAUCACAAGGCUGAGUCACAUGUGGCACCCUCUUCGAAAAAGUGCGGACUUUGGGAACAGAGUUACCCUACUUGUGUGAAAAACAAUAAAAGCAAAACUAUCAAACUGCUAUUCUUCUUCUGGAGAAAUGAAGGAGAGCUUCAAAACAAAAACUGCAGCGCCAUCUGAACCAAUGCUCGGACUUCCUAAGCGAGGACACUUUUUUGGCCGAGUGAACUAUCUUGUUAUGAACGAUCCUUGAUAAUAGAAAGCUAUCGAUGUAGAUCUAACCCUUGUUUAUGAGAUUCCAGGCUGCCGCAGCACUGUAACAGGGAACUGUGGAAAGGAGCCUUGGAAGUCAUUGAGGUUAAAAGUUUCUCUACUUUAACUUCCAUGUUGUUGGGUACAAUCGCGGCGGCGUUGUAGUGUGCACUGAAACCACCAGAAAACAACCCGACCCGAUCGUGCCAAUGGGCACCCCCUAUAAGUACUUUCUGGUGGUGAGCCUGAGAGAGAAGAAGGGAUCCUGACGUGUUUUUUAAUGUGCCUAUCUGAACACACAUGCACUGCACCACGCCUUGGGAUUAUAUUUAUAUGUAUAAUGAACAGCAAGCUACACCCAUCACAGUGCCUUCAGCUACCGCGUUAUCAGUUUCUUCUCUUCCCUGAUUAAAAUCUCCACCAAGCGCUUGGCUAUCAGCACAAGUACAUUCUUAUUCCUUUUCUUGCUGUGCAGUAUGCAUAUAUAUAUAUAUGAAUGGUUUGAUCUUCAUGAGUAGCCUGAAAAACUUUGUCAUAUUAACAUUCACCUUAGGUGUGAUUUUAACAUUUAGUUAGAAUUGCUGUUGGCAAUGAAAUAAAAUCUGUAGGUGAAGAAUUGAUGAGCAUCUGUUAAUUUCUGUGACCGUUCCCGUUAACAAUGUAAAGAUUGCAGAAAAAAUUGUUCGUUACUGAACGUUGUUUGUAGUGUCUUCCUGUUUUUCUUACGAUUAUUACAGUACAGAAAAUGAUGUUGUACUUUGCACAUGCAUUACAUUUAUGUCUAUAUCAUUAUUUAUUUGAAAAUAUAAUGUGCAAAAUUGUGAGAUAUUUAAUGAUCUUCAUGGAAAAUUUGAGGAUUCCUACGCCAUCCAUCUGUAUGCUGAAAAUUUGAAACGUGAAAUGGACAGCCAACUACUUUGAAAAUGGAAAGGAUUGAGUUUUCAAGUCUUUAAUACUGUCCCCUAAAUAUCUUAACAGUAGUGCACUCUUUUUAAAAAAAAACCAAAAUUAUCAUCGGCAGAAUUCUUACGUAAUGUGGAAUAUGUCACGGAAUUGUUUAUUUCGGAAAAGUAUGUAAAAGGGUAUCUAGAUCUACCACUUUUUUGCUGGAACUGGAAAAACUUUUCAUAUAGCAAGGACAAUGCCUCUUGGGGCAUUUGUAUGAACAAGCUAGCUGAAAGCUCAGGGUGUUUGUUUUGUUACUUAAAGUCGCAGUGGGUAGAUACAAAAGCGAGAACACUUUGUUUGAGACUUGCACAGGUAUUUACAGGGUCAUUCUCUGGAUUAUCACCAAAGAGCGAACAUAAUUGUUACAGUGCUUACAUUCUGUACAAGAUUUAUUCUCAGUUUUUAUGCAGAAAGGCACUAAUAUAAUAAUAGCCCCAGAAAUACAAUGCGAGGCAAAAGGUGCCAUUGUACUAACAGCAACAUACUAACGAGUUAAAGAACAGUAACACUAUGCACAUAUCAUGACACUUGUUUAAUGUUUGACGUUUUCAUAGAGGCCAGGUGUACAGGACAGACUUUCUUGCCGCUUCAUUAAUUUUAACCACUCCCCCCCCUCCCCCCCUCCCCCCUCCCCCCUCCCCCCCCCCACACACACACUCUCACUCACACACACACACACUAUUUUCAAUACAACUUUCUUUAGUAGUAUUGUAUUGCACUGUUGCUGAAACAUCUUGCUUGGACCAUGUAUUUCUGAUGUAAUGCGAGGUGUGUAUCUAAUGUGUUGAAUGAGAGAGUUGUUAUUUAACUUUUGUUCAGUCUACAAAUUGUUUGUCUACUUAAGUUUCUCUCGUGAUGACAGUAUAAUAAUAUGCUCUGCUUUGGGGUUCGAGCAUAGGAACAAGAAUUAAUGGGAAUAAUGAUUUAGGAGGAUUAUGUUUUGCAGCCAGUGAUCUUUAUUUUUGUCCAAUGUGGUGUAAUGGUCAACAUACAUUUUUGCUGAUGCGUUGCUUUGUAAAGUCUUUCUGUGUAUGAAAAUUGUUGAUGGAUGCUCUAUGGUGGUGGUCCUCUUCUAUUUUGGUUCAUAUUAUAUUAAAUUUUUUUUUUUUUUUUUGGUGAAUUAUCUCUUUUCUUCUCAGCACUGUAUAAUCAUUGCGUCCAUCUAUGUUUUGUCAACUGAAUUAGAUAAGUUCAUAAUCUCGUAUGUAAUGUAGUUUAUCUCAUUGUGUACAAGCUUUGAGACCGGACUCUUUUUUCAUGUUCUUAUUUCACCUUGUAUUUCUCUACUUCAUUAACAGACAUUGCUGCUUGAACCUGUAAUUCUGAUUGGAAAAAAAUGUAAUCUUUUCCUAUGUUUAAUCUUCUUGUACUUAUUUGUUGUUAUAUUACUAUUUCGUUUCCUUCACCCUGUCCUUUGUUGAUGCCAGGAACCUUUUAUUGAAAAAGAUUGUGACAUUGGAUUCAUCUUUCAUAUUUGUUUGUCUUUGAUAAUAUUGUCUCAGGCUUUAAACGUUGCUUUAUGUGGAUUAUGAAUGAAAUAUGUUUACACAUCAGUAUAUAAAGUGGAUGGCAAAUGCAUUCCUCCAAACUUUAGUCUCCAAAUUUCUGUAUCGCCUCAAUUAAUAUUUUCGCUUUUUGUUUAUAAAAAAAUCUAAAGAUAAUUACACUCAAGACGUGCAAUCAUUUGAAGUUCAUUGCAGGAGUGUUGUCAUUGUUAAGAAUUACACUAGUUUCAAAUGUUCUUUUAAUUUCAAGUUGCUUAGAUAUUUCAUCAAGGGAUUAGUUACCUUGUGAUGUUUGUCACUGUGAAAGUGUUUGCGUUUGCCAUUGUUGUUUUCUCAACUUCACGUCCAUUUAAAGCUGACAAUUUAAGACUGAUGCCUUCUCUUGAUUUGACCUUAAUACAGAAUGAAAUAAAAUCAAUGUAAAUACAUUUGAGUCUAACGAAGGCAAGAUUUUUUUCACCUAUUUGUAUAAUCGUAAUAGUGGAGGAAGAACGAUGGGUUUGGUAUACAACAAGUGUUUUAAAGUCCUCAAGUAGCUGCCAAGAAAAAAGCUUAAACUUUGGCUUUGUCCGUGGCCUAACUAUUUCCUCUCUGGUGAUCCCUAGCUUUAGCAAAGAGAAGCAGCUCUUGUUGAAACAUUCACUAAAAUAAUUAUGUAAAUUAGUUUGUGGAACAAGUUCGUUAUUAUUCUCUAACACUUGGUACUUGUUUCUGUGACAUAAGUCUUUGCAGUGGUGUUGGUGGCCAAGUAAUUAAACUACCUGACCGGUGUUAGGGGGUUCGAACCUCAGCUCAGUCCAACAUUGUGUCCUUGGGAAAGGCACUUAACACAAAUUUCCUAUUUGGCUUGGUCCUUUCUUUCAGUGAUGGACUUUAAAAUUGGAGGUUUCGAUUCUUAAAUUAUCUAAUAGUGUUGAUAGGGGUGUUAAACCUAUAACAUAGUCUUUGCUACCAGAGUUUGUCUUCUCUGUUCACUGCUGUAGAACAGUCUCCACAUUCGAUUCAUGCGCUGUCGCCCUCAGUUCUGCCUCUUAUAGGAACUUUCAUAAGAGGAUCCUUUCAUACAAAGAAGAGCACAUAUUUGAUAAGGAAUUGAACUUCAGUAUUUACUGCCAUUUAAGAGGAUCUGAUUCAUAGUCAACAAACAGACAGCUUCAUGAAAAUUUUAGUCGUCAUUGAAAAAAACAACAACCAAAAACCAAAAAAACCAACACCCCCCCCCCCCCCCCCCCGCCCCCCCAUAGUAGGGCCUAUAUCUUAACUUUCGCUGUCAGGGUAACUUUGUGUAGACAGAGAGUUGUAAGAAGUGGUACGGGAGUUAUGUGUGAGUCUGCAGAUGAAAAAGAUUUACAAGUAAGUGUCUUUUUAUUGAAAAAAAAAGUGUAUAAAGAAAAAGACAUAAAGGUAUAAGGAUCUCGAAACUUUCUAUGGCAAUUAAAAAAAAAAAGUACACCACAAAAAGGGCUCUUAGUCUUACAAGAACAAAGAAUGAUAUGGUUUGCAUCAUGUCUCUUUGUUCCUUGUGUACUUUAAAAAAAACAUUUUUGGGAGGGGGGGGGGGGGGGUAAGGCUGGGUCAAAAUGUACCAACAGUCAGCUAUCUGGUCCUAGCAUUCUCGCAACUGUGCCAUUUGUUUUAGGUAUUUUUGUUGUUGGGUUUGUUUUUUUUUGUUCAUGUUGAGAUUGUUAUUGUACAUUAGUCCUAUAUUUUGUAUCAUUUACAUUGUCCACAGGACUCAACAUUCCGUGAAGAAUAUUCUAGUAUGUCUUAAAAGUGUCAUAGACGUUUUUGUACUAUUAUCUUUUGGAAGUGUCAUUUGUCGUGUUUGUCUCUCCUGAUUAUAUAGAUUGUGGUCAAAAUAUGUGGCUUGUUUAUUGUCAGGAACGUCUUGCUAGGUUUUAUUCAUGGAUCGGAGGGGCUGUAAAAAAAAAAUCCACUGGUAGUGCAUAUAGUAGGCAGUCUUGUUUUUUGUUUGUUUUUAAUGUCCCUCUGUAUUAAAUCUAAAGCUCAAA